ACAGUGGCCUACAUGCCUUAUGCCGAAGUCAAGCGGGCCAUGGAUCAGGAAGCCCAGAUGCAGAACGCAGCGGCCCGAUCGGGCUCACCUUACCGCCUCUCUCCCCGGGACAUGAACAAAGCUUCGCCCCAGCCGGACAUGAACGCCACUCGUUACAGUGUCCCGCCAGUGCUGCAGCCAGCUCCCCAUCAAGUCAUCACGAACCUUCCGGAAGGGGUGAGGCCGCCACCCACCCGGCCCACCCGGCCGCCCCCACCUCUGAUCCCCUCCUCCAAGACGGUGCUGCCUUCCGAGAAGCCCUCCUUCAUCCUGGGAGGCUCCAUCUCGCAAGGAACACCGGGCACUUACCUGUCCCACAGUCAGAGCUCUUACGGCCAGGAACCGGCCAAGCCACCUGGAGGCUCCAUUUCACUCGGCCUGCCAAGGCAGCAGGAUUCCAAAUCAGCUUCCCUGCCCUACAUCAAGCCGGAGGAAUUUUCACCCCGUGGCCAAAAUUCACAGCCCGAAGGCUUGCUAGUAAGAGCUCAGCACGAGGGAGUCGUUCGAGGUAAGCCGAGCUUGAAUUCAGGAAGAAAAC